ACAGGAAGUUGGUCAGUGAGCAGCGUAAUUGUGCUGCUGUCCAGUUUAUCUCAUAACAUUCAGACAAAAAACAAGCUUUCGUAUCAGUUGCCGGUAAACACAAGAGAGCGUGCGAGUUUUUAAUCGUCCUUCAGCAUGUCUGGUGACCGUGGAAAGGACGAUAUAUUUGACAGUAUCGUCAUGGCAGAUGAGAGGUUCCGUGGAGAGGGUUAUCAAGAGGGAUUUGAGAAAGGAGUCCAGCGGGGGCUGCAGGAAGGCCGCAGACAUGGAGCGUCGCACGGGGCAAAGCUGUCGGCUGAGAUUUCCUUUUAUUAUGGAUUUGCCAUCUCAUGGAAAUGUUUCCUCCAACACAAUACUGACCCCAAAUCGAGAAAGCGUGUGAAAGUGCUGGAGAGUCUCCUGGCUUUGACUGAAAACUCACAGCAUGACGAUCCCCAGUCGGUGAAAUUACAGGAGGACAUGGAGAAGCUCCGCGCCAAGUUCAGACAGGUCUGCGCUUUGAUGAACGUCCCUUCUGACUUCAAGGAUUACGUCAAAACGUCUGGUGGGAAUUCCUUCUGAAUGGUUCUUGAGUGGAGAAGAAGGUGGAGCUGCUACAUGGUGACCCUGCUGCCCAUCCCUCAGCCAGGCGGCGGCGGCGGCGAGGGGGUCCCCGCAGAGUGCAGUGUGGAGCAGUGACUGGAGAUCCAGCUGUAAUCUGGACUCCACAGUCACAGCGUGCUGGCAGAAGAGUUCACAGUGUAAACCUGUUAAACCAGAAGAGGAGGAGCCAACAAACUUACUCCGCUCAGUGUGCUACGAGUCGAGUCGACAUGUUAGCAGACCAGGAAGAGACAUCAGAUUCCAUGUGGAACGUGUGAAGUGAAUAUGUCUGAUGGUACUGAGGUGGAAGAGCGCCGGCCUGAUUGUUUUUACGUGUAAAACCUGAUCAUUGGACAUUAUUCAGUGGUUAUCUUAAUGCUGUAGGUGUCCAGUGUGGAGACACUGGACAAAGAUUAUGUGAUUGGCAGGACUGCUGACCAAUCAAACAUGACAUAAAUCAUGAUUUCUUGAUUGUGAGAAUUCAUUGAAUUAAUCUGAAGUGGAAAAUAAUAAACACAAUGUAACAUUGAAGGAUGUCUGUUACCUGUGUUUAUCCAUCA